CAUUUUUCUACUUUCGCUCUAUAAUCAGCACCUCCCUGUCAUUCCCAAUGGCCAUAGCCAACGCUUUCUUCACUGCCGCCUUUGCUCCGCCGCGAUCGGCAUUUCCCGACGCAGGAUCCGAUGCCGCCGAUCAGCAGUUCACGCUCUCCAAGCUCUGCUUUCCGCUUCACCGUGGAAUUUCCCGCCCUGGAACCGCUACUUUUCUCAGGAAAAAGGUUGCUGUUUCUUGUACUAUAGAUGGUGUGGAAUCAUCAAGUCUUUCACAAGCAAGGGACUCUUCUCUUGUUCCAACACCAAUCGUUCAGAUAAUUCAAGAUCCUGAAAGUGAUGCAACUGCUGUGGAACUUAGCUUUGGAGAUCGCCUUGGUGCCCUUAUUGAUACGAUGAAGUCUCUGAAUGAUUUAGGCUUGGAUGUGAAGAAAGGAUUUGUUACUACUGAGGGCACAGUGAAAAGGACUAAGUUUCUCAUUACUCGGUUAGCAACUGGGAGAAGAGUUGAAGAUCCUGAUUUGCUGGAAAGGAUUCGUUUGACCAUCAUCAACAACCUUAUCAAAUAUCAUCCGGAGUCCAGUGAACGGCUUGCAAUGGGUGAAGUUUUUGGAAUAAAAGCACCAGAAAAGAAGCCUGACGUCGAUGUUGCAACCCACAUACAUGUCAAGAACGAAGGAAAUAAGAGGAGCAUGCUAUAUGUUGAAACUGCUGAUCGAUCUGGGCUGCUGAUGGAAAUAAUCAAAAUUAUGGCUGAUAUUAAUAUUGAUGUUGAAUCAGCGGAAAUUGAUACAGAAGGUCUCAUAGCCAAAGACACAUUUUAUGUCAGUUAUAGAGGGGCAGCAUUAAACGAUUCCCUGUCUCAGGUGCUUGUAAAUUGCCUACGUUACUACCUUAGAAGGCCUGAAACGGAUGAAGACAGUUAUUAAUCAGCAGAGAGACUUGUGCAGACUAAUCAAGAAUCUUUUCUACCAAUCUCUGCAUUGGCUUGAGUCACCUCGUUCGGCCCUUAUGUGUAAACGAAAGACAGAACUCCCCUACUCUUAUGUCUGUGUGUGUAUGUGUCUAUGAAGCAUGCUGCUACUCCCCUUUUAUACUGCACAAUUACACUUCUCUAGUUCACGACUUCAUGUGAUGUUUACCAUCACUUGUACUCGCCCCUUACUAAUGAUGAUUGUGACCAGCUAUGUGUGACUGUCAAGAUAUACCACAUUGUGCACUGUUCCUACUGAUUUCUCGUGUUCUUAUUGUAAGAGGACAAAAGUGUAUUGAAUGUAGAAUGUUGUUUUCCAAGUUC